AUGAUGGCGAAACACGACAGCUGUUGUUCAUGUUGCUCCGGCUUCAUAAUAACCAUGGGCCUAACCGCUCUCUUCAUAUGGCUAAGCAUUCGAGUCGACGAACCCAAAUGUUACAUCGACCACAUUUACGUUCCUGCCCUCAACAAAACCCUCAAUUCCACUUCAAACUCCACCAUCCUCUUCACUCUAAAACUCGUUAACCCCAAUAAAGACAAAGGCAUCCAAUACGACGCCGUUUACCUCCGUUUCGGUAUUUUCUUAGAUCUCAACACUACUCGCUCACUCGGUAACGCCACCGUUGAGAGAUUCUAUCAGGGGCAUGAGAAAAAGGGUCAGAAGCCCGGCUCGAUGAACGGCGUUGGGAAUUUAACGGAAACGGUUAACGGUAAGGUUUAUUUUCGGGUGGAUUUUGUGACGGCGGUGAAGUAUAAGAUCUUGUUGUGGUGUACGAAACGGGAUCAGUUGUGGGGAGGGGCAAAUUUGGAAAUUGGAGAUUCCGGUGAGAAAGUGUAUAAGAAAGCUGUUAGACUUGGGAACUCACCGGUGAUGAUUGAGUCCAGCGCAUCGGGACUGUACGGAGGCUAUCGUGCGCUUCUGAUAUUUUUGGUUGGGUUUAUUGCGAUUGGGUUGACUUGA